GGCUGGUCCGACUUAAAGCUGUGCAAAAGAUAGUUGCCAACGCAGUCUGGUAGCAGUUUGGCGUGCAGUCGCAGCAUGACCCGCGGGCCCUUUCUGGUCAUUGGCGCUCGUUGUCGACCCGGGUUUACAACAAGUGCUACUACUUGGUGUGUAAGCUUGCAUCCCUUUAGUUGUAUGCGUGGAACAAUUGCGGCGUUUGAUCGUCCAGCGUUCAAGGGUACUGGGCUCGUACACUUACGUACAGGGUCCCUUUGGGCUCCUGGCCUCUGUACUGGCGCAAAAGUGUGCCGUCUCAUUUGACGCCGUGUUAGGCUAUUGGUUUAGCUCUUGUAUUAUAUUUGCGGGCUGCGUUCAGCCUCCCGACCUUUCGACAAACCCUUUUCCUGCAAGACAACAUCCAGCCGCCGUUACGAUGAGGCGACGUAGUCGUUCACUUUUAGGAUUUAUGCUUGUCAGCGCCGGCGCUGUAGCUGUAUACUUAUGGCGCAACCGUCGCAUGGCCAGGGCGUUGUUUGCCCCAGCGAGCGACUGUGUGAGGGAGCUGUUAAAGCGGACUCUCGGGAAUCAGGGUGCUAUUACGAGUCCUGAAGGCAAACCGACAUUACUUGUAACAGGUUAGAGGACGAGUUUUGCUGUCGCUUUACACCCAGGGCUUAAGUGAAAAGCUUUGGGGUCGCGUGCAACAGGCCCUAGCUCCAUUGUUCCUGACCUUGCGGCAUCGUGGAUGGCCUCGCUGCCCCGGAGUGCCGCCCCCUCACCAGCCUCCCCCGCCUGCUCGCCUGGCACCCCUCAAACAACCCCUCCGAGGACCCGGAUGCGCCCUUCUGCCAGACCUACAACGCGCCCCUCAUGCUGCCGCCGCCGGCGCCAACCGCAGACCCCUCCUCCUCCCUCCCUUUCCCUCCGCACUUUCCCGCUGCGACAACCAACACCAACACCGCCAGCACCACAAGCACCGCCACCACCACUGCCGCUGCUGCUGCUGUCGCUGCUGCUGCUGGUGAUCAAAGCAGUAACACUGCUGACUCUGAAGACGGUGGGGGCGGCUUGCUGCGCGACGCUCCGCAACCCCACCCCCUGCAGCAGCAACCCCCGCAGCAGCAGCCCCCGCCCGCCCCCGCCUGUCGCCGCCCCCGGUUGCUGGUGUGUCACGACAUGCAGGGCGGCUACCUGCAGGACCGACUGGUGCAGGGCGGGGACGACCCGGGGGGUUUCAGGCUCUGGCACUGGUCCUCCAUGGACGUCUUCGUCUACUUCUCGCACCACACCGUCACCCUGCCGCCCCCCGGCUGGGUCGCCGCAGCACACCGCAACGGAGUCAAGGUGCUGGGCACCUUCAUCACCGAGUGGGCCGCGGGUCGCGACAUCUGCUGCCGACUGUUCGCCUCCCCCGCCGCCGCGCGCGCCGCCGCCGACUCGCUCGUUCGGUUGGCGGCGCACGGCGGCUUCGAGGGCUGGUUGGUGAACAUUGAGAACGGGCUGCCGCGGGCGCUGCUGGGCAACCUGCGGCACUUCCUGGCGCAUCUGAGGGCGGGGAUGCGAGCGGUGGUGGGGCCGCAUGCAAUGGUGGUGUGGUACGACGCCAUCACGACUGAGGGGCGGCUGGUGUGGCAGAACGCCCUUACGCCCCUCAACGCGCCCUUCUUCGACGCCGCAGACGCGCUGUUCGUCAACUACGGCUGGCGGCGGGAGGGGCUGCGGGGGGUGGCGGAGGCGGCGGGAAGCCGGGCGGCGGAGGUGUACAUGGGCGUGGAUGUGUUUGGGCGGGGCACGUACGGCGGAGGACAGUUCAACUGCCCGCAGGCGCUGGCGGCUGCUCGCUGCGCCGGGCUGUCCGCGGCGCUGUUCGCCCCGGGCUGGGUGUGGGAGGAGUUCGGGCGGAGUGGCUUCGAGGCGCGGCAGGAGGCGUUCUGGGGCGGGAUCCAGUCCUGCUGGCCCCCCUCCCGGCCGCAGCUGCAGCUGCUGCCGCUGGUAACCUGCUUCAACGGCGGGGCAGGGCGCGGCGUGUGGCUGGAGGGGGAGCGGGUGAGCUGCGCGCCCUGGUACCAGCUGGCGGCGCAAGACACCCUGCCACACACCACUCCAUGCAGUGCCAGUGCCACCACUGCCACCAGCAGCCCGGCGACCCACCCGCAGCAGCAAGGGCCGCAUGCGUCCUCUUCCUCGUCCUCCCCCCCGCCCUCCCCCUCGCUCCUGGUGCGCCCCACGCAGCAGGUCGCCUUCUGCGGGGGCUCCUGCCUGGCGCUGUCCCUAGCACCACCACCAGCACCCGCAUCAACACCCGCACCUGCACCACCAGCACCAGCACCAGCGGCCGCCUUCUGGACCCACCAGCUCUACUCCGCGGCGCUGCCCGUACCCGCAUCAGGGCUGGAUGUGUCGUACACGGUAGCAGGCUGCGGAGCCAGUCGGGUGGCGCUGCUGCUGCGGCUGGCGGGCAGCAGCAGUGCUGUUGCUGCUGCUGCUGCUGCUGCUGCUACUGCUAGCAUGGUUACUGCUAGUACGGCUACUGCCCCGGCAGUAGCAGCUGUGCCGGCAGUGGCUGGUGCAGGGUGCAGCGGUGGCGGGGGGGCGGGGGUGGUGGUGGGGUGCUGGGGCGCUGGGGACGUCGAGGUGGUGGAGCAGCUCAGGAGGGCUGGCUUCACCUGCAUCUCCUGCUACUCCGCCCCCACCGGCGCCACCACCUGCCCCCUGCCGGACGCCGGCAGCAGCUCCACCGCCCCUUCCACCACCUCCACCUCCACCACCUCCUCUUCCUCCUGCAUGCCCUCCACUACCACCGCCUCCGGUUCUGCCGUCCCCGCCGGCUUGCCCUGGAUCACCUGCGGGGCGCACCUGCCUCGCAGCCUGCUAGCAGCCUGCAUGGCGGCUGGGGGCGGUGGUGAUGGUGGUGGUGGUGGCGGUGCGGAGGGCUGUGUGGUGACGUCUGUGGGCCUUGUGUGCUACCUGGCGGGUAGUGGCGGCGGAGGCGGUGGAGGUGGUGGAGGAGGAGCCGGGCGUGCGGGGGCUCCGGUGGCUAGGGUGGCCGAGGGAGGAGGCCUCCCCGCGCUCAAGGCAUUCCUGGGCCGCCUCGUCCUGAGGGAGCACCGCCCGGCCACACAACCUCCCGCGCCGCUGCAGCCCGCACACACCGUCACGACAGCCAGCAGCACCAAGGCAGCAAGAGACCCCACCCAGCCCCACCUACCUGCCUCCACCACCUCAACCACAACUACCGCUACCCACAGCCCUUUAUACCCCUCUCCCCCCCUCCCGGGAGUCCUGGCAGCGCCGCCUCCCUCGCCGCCGCCCGCCUCGCCGCCCCUAGCGGGCGCUCGCUGCUUCCGAGUUCACUGGAGCCGACCCGCGGGUCGCAACGCCGCCGCCGGCGGCAACAGCGGCCGCGGAAGCAGCGCCGUGCAAGCGACGAUACCCGCCACGGGUGUGCGUACCGUCGCGGGUAAGGUAGCGGAUGCCGCAGUCAGUGCGGCGGGAACGGUGGCGGCGGCGGCAGCAGCGGUCGCAGCUGCCGCGGCGGCGGCGGCGGCCACGACGGGGCUGGCGGAUGCGAGUGAGGCGGAUCUGGGUGACCCACGGGUCAGUGGCGAGCUGGUGGAGGCGAAUGAGGAGGAUGAGGACGAGGCGGGUGCUGACGAGGAGGUGGAGACGGCGGAGGCGGGGGGCACUAAUGGAGAGGAGGAAGAGGAGGAUGACGGAUGGGAGAGGGCCACAGGAGGUAUCAGUGAGUCGCCUGUCAAGCUCCGUGCUCCGGGCGCUGCUGCCACUGCCACGGGAGGAGCUACUGCUGCUGCCCCUGCUGCUGAAUCCCCGGUGGCGACAGCAGUCGCGGCCGCAUCAUCUGCCGUACUUGAGCACAGCGAGGGCAGUGAGGACGCCGACGACGCAGCGAGCGGGGCUGGCAGUGAGGGCGAGGAGGGUGAGGAGGGCGGCUGCCGGCUGCUGACGUGUGAGCUGAGCUGGCAGCCGCAGUUCGACGAGUGGGGGCAGCCGCGGCACCGCUGCUACCAGGUAUGGGCGCACUUCUCAGCGGAGGAGCUGACGGUGGUGGGACGCAGCGACGUGCAUGGCGACCAGGGUGUUGCUGGCGCUGCCGACGUGGCUACGGCGGAGCGGGCGGGCGCGUGGGAGCUGCUGCCGGCCCCCUCCUGGAGCUGCUCGGCUGUGUGGGCGGGCGAGGCGUUCGUGGGUCGCUACCGGCUGGUGCAGCUGGAGGUGCCGGGCUGGGCGCGGCGUGUGGCGCUGGGUGUGCAGUCGGUGGGGUGGCAGGCGGGGGAGGUGGGGGGCAGGCAGUGCGUGGCGUGGCUGGGGGUGCCGCGGGGGGCGUGAGAAGGAGGGAGAAAGAGGGAAGGAGAGGAGAGAAAUGGGGACGUCAGAGAGAGAGCCAGUCACAACGGCAUAUAAGGGCAAGGUAGUAAAAGUAGGAAGAUGAGACGGCAUGAGAGAAGAGUAAUGCAGGAAAAAACCGUAGGCUAUAGGUAUUAUCAAGAGCAGGUGCGGUGCGUGGUUUCAUGCGGGGGCCGGUGCGGGCUGCUUGACAGCGUGUUUUUAUAAGGGGGGCUGAAAGGCCCCUUGUCAAGUGGUGCCAGCCGCGCAGGAUGUGGCAUGCAGCAAAUAGGCUGCUAUGGGUGCUACCAGCUGGGUGCAGACCCGUAUGCUUUCACUUGGUUAUGUAGGUAGGUUUUCGAAGAUUUGGAAGGUGUAAUAUUGCUACGCUGGCGUGGGUGGCGUGGUCUCUCUCGCCCAUCCAUGACUGCCAACAUGCAACCAUGGAGCAUGUGGAGGGAAGAAUGUUCGAUGUGUGUUGUUGCCUAAUAAAGUGCAUGCCAUCCUGGUCGUGCAACUGUGUACCUAUAUAAAGCAACUGUAGCUAGCUAGGCGUUGCGGCGUCUGUUGUGUAUUGGCGUAUGCCGGUGACCACCAUUGUUAGUCACCGCUUGUGACAAUAAUAUGAGCGCUGGGGAUUUCGCAAUGCGGGCGGAGUAAUGCGCCUGUUUGUGCGGUCAACGUGUUUGGACUCCGUAUCAUUACUAGCAAUGAGCUACCUCACUAGACGUGAGGCGGGUAAUGGGUACGCAUGCGCCCACUGGGUAGGCAACUGGGCAUCCAGCUGGAAGUCACACGUUGAUGACGAGGCGAGCAGGGCAAAGAUGAGCUGCAGACGUGUACAGUCGUGAAGGCAACAAACGGUACCGCCGGCGCCACACGAUGACCAUGAUGCAACUGAAUCUGGCAACGAACGUAAAUCAUACCAG